AGAGCUCCACCCUCAGAGACCAACUCAUGACCAGAGAAGCCGAACUCCUGCAGCUGCGCGAACUGAGGGAGGAGGGCCAUGCAGGGAGGGAGAGGUUAGAAGAGGUGGAAAAGGAAAACGCAAUUCUGAAAGAGAAGAUUCAUCACUUGGAUGACAUGCUCAAGAGUCAACAGAGAAAACUACGGCAAAUGAUUGAACAGCUUCAGAACUCGCGAAUGGUGAUUCAGGAGAGAGACAGAGUGAUCAGAGAGCUGGAGGAAAAGGUGGCCAUGCUGGAGGCAGAGGUCAGUCCACAGGAUAUAAACCAACAUCUAGUGGGGAUUCACGAUUCCCAACAAUUCAGUUCAGAUUCAACUGAAUGAGUCAGGUUCCUUAACGAUUCUUUUACUGCAGGACUUUUCUUUGAGCAAUAAUAAACACAUUUAAAAGAAUUAUUGCAAAAGGUGUGGCUUUUCACAGAGUUCAGUCAGAUCAUUGCCCUUAACUACACUGAAAAAAAAAUUGGUGUAAGAGAAACCAUUUUUCGCAUCAGGGCGCUGCUGUCAAUA